UUGCUGCUCGCUCAUCGGUCUGCGCUGCCUCCUCAAGUAACUCCAAUCCCACUUUUACGCAGCAGUUGAACGCUGAGCAGACAUGGUCAGAUCCAAACGUUAACGUUUCAGGUCGUCUUUCUCCUCUCCUGUCUGCCUGCUCUGCAGCUCCCCCCUCUCUUCUCCUCGGCUUUGCUUCUCCCGCAGAGCUCCGAAUGAAAGGCUCCAUUGGCAGCGGGCGCAUGGAGAUCUAAUUUUGCUCCAACUUUCGGGUCAAGCUUGUGGAGGUUGUUGUUGGCUGUUGUUGUUUUGCUGUUCCCUUGGUUUUAAGGUCUGCUCAUGCGUUGGGAAUGCCAUGGCCACUCCGAGCGCACAGCAGCAGCACCAGGAUUUUUUCAGAUCGGUGAGCAGCGACUCCACCACCUACAUGAUGGUCCCGGCCGGCGGGCCGAGCGGGACGAGGCGCCGGGAAGCGCCGUCUAAGAUGUGGGUGGCGAUGGUGGUGAUAGUGGUGGUGGUGCUGCAGAUUGCAUCCACCACUGGGCUCUUUCUCUACCUGAACAUGUCUAUAUCGCAGGUGCGAAGCCAGGGUGUCACAGAGGAGCUGAAGUGUCUGAGUUUACUGAACGCUCUGGAUAAGGACCAGGACAUCCCCGACCAGCUGGCCCAGCUCUUCGGAGAGCCCUGCAUCAAACUGGCCGAAGGCAUCAAAGCAUACAUCUCCAAGGUAAGAAAAAUAAAUUUAAAAACCAAGAUUAUUGCCAUUCAGAAUAUAUACAGAAACCUUACAGAGGGAAAGAGGGGAGAGGAGGAGGUGACCGAGCAUCCAUCAGCCCAGCUCAGAGUGCCCUGUCUGGGCUCGCUGUGA